CACAUAUUCAUGAACCAAGUUCAUAUAUAAAUUAAGGUUACCACACCUCAAAAUUUAGUGCUCUAUACACAAAAGUACACAAAUCAUGAAAUCCCAUUUGCUCCUCUGCUUCUUUGUUUUUGUGAUCACCUUCACCACCAAAACUCUCUCAACCAGUCCUCAAUCUUCUUCUUCUUCUUUUUCUUCUUCUUCUUCUUCUCAAAUAUAUGAGCAAUAUUUGAGCCAGCAGAAGAAACCAGACAAUGACACCAUAUACAAGGUUUCAAAGCAGCUUUGUUGGGGAUGCAUGGCAGAGUCAAUAGAGUUCUUAUUCAGACACAACUUAGUAAGAGCAACCAAAUGGGAACUUCCACUGAUGUGGGAUUUUCAGCUUGAACAAUACGCAAGAUGGUGGGCUAGUCAAAGAAAAUCAGAUUGCAAAGUGGAACAUUCAUUCCCUGAAGAUGGUUUCAAGUUAGGAGAGAAUAUAUAUUGGGGUAGUGGCUCUGAUUGGACACCAACUGAUGCUGUUAAAGCUUGGGCUGAUGAAGAGAAAUAUUACACUUAUCUGACUAAUUCAUGUGUAUCUGGACAAAUGUGUGGACAUUAUACUCAGAUUGUGUGGAAAAGUACUAGAAGAAUUGGUUGUGCAAGAGUUGUGUGUGAUGAUGGUGAUGUGUUCAUGACUUGUAACUAUGACCCUGUUGGGAAUUAUGUUGGAGAACGACCAUAUUAAUUCAAUUGAUCAUAUAAAUAUGUAUAUUUUGAUUAUAAAUAUGAUCCUGUUAGCAAUAUCAGUAAAUAUUAUGUUGGUAGUACAAAUUGAGCUAUUUGUGUAUAAUUGAUCAUUUUGUAAUUUACAUCCAACUUUUUCCUUCUUUAUUAUUUUUGGUACUCUACUACUCUCUC